AUGCCUCCAGUACGCACAGGAUCGCUGGCAGGGGCGAAGCCUGUCAAGACAGAGAGGACUCAUGAAGAGAACCAAGAAAGAGCAUACAUUGCCGCAUCUCGACGCAGCGAUCGGAGCCUCGAAGCUCGCAUUGAAUCCGCUCGACGAGCUUCGGAAAUCCACAAGAAGCGUACCGGUCGCGCCCUGCGAGUCACUGAAGCCGAUGUCGUCAAUGAGGAGAUGUAUGAAGAGGAGGACGAGGACUUGCCGGCACAGUACCGGCGCCUCACCGCCCAUCUUCACACUGGUUCCGUGGAUUUCAACAGGAGACUCCAAGCUUAUCUAGCGAGUCAGCAUGCUACUAGAUCGGCUCUCGCCGCGACGUACGACCAUCAACUCAUCAACACCAACUACGCACAGCAUUACCCAAAUGCGCCUCAUUUCGCCCACCACAUGAUACCCCAGCCAAUGUUACCGACACAGAUGCUCGCACCACAGAUGAUCCAUCGUUCGCCCCAGUCAUACCGCCAGUCACCCUACCCAGUCAACUACCAAGCGCACAUGCAUCAACGACAGGCACCGAUGUCUACGUCGCAGAAUGCAUCCGGUUACCAGUCUCCCUCCACUAGUCCGAAGAACACAGAGCCUAUGCAGCCGGCUGAGCGAAGACAAAACGUGGUGGCAGCGACGCCAGCAUCGUCAGCAAUGCCAACUCCACUCCCACAGUCAUCCGCGGAAUCCCGCCCGAUUCUUUCACGAAGCGCUGCAAGCGCAUCCAAACUGGAGACCACCCAGCCAUCAUUCCCAACACCUGACAUGGGCCAGUCACCCACCGUCUUUCAACCAAUGCAACACAUGUAUCCCGGUUAUGGCUUCUCGCCAUACAUGCAGUAUGGCUUCGACCCAUCCAUGGCGAGCUUCAGCCCGUUCUCCACGUCGCUGCCGAUGGAGACCCAGCAGCUGCUUGGCCCCGCGCUCGACCCGCUCAACCCGCAUACCAACAUGCUCAUGGCUGGUAGCGAGGUCAUGCAGCAGCCUUUCUACAGCUAUAAUCCCAACCCCAACAAGACUCGACCUUCGCCGCUGGCUCGCAAUGGCAUGAACGGCAUGAGCCAGACUCUCGCUCCGGGUGCCCUCGAAACUAACGUCGACAUCGAUCAUUACUCGUGCUCCAACCCUCCGUCGGCUUCUACUGAGGCCCUCGCCUCCCCUUACACACCCUAUGGGUUCACCAUGGACAACAGUUUUGGUGACAACUCGCUGAAGACACCUAUCCUGACAAGGAACAACAGCGCGGCUGGGAGUGCCACCAUCACUCCAACUACUGAGUGGGCGAACUUCCUCGACGUCAGCGCCUGGGAUGACCAGUCAGGCACUGCAGCCCCUGUGCCGGCAUGA